AGCUCCUGCUUUGAUGCUCAUUUGAAGGAUCACGACAUCUCCUGCAGAUCACUCACUGACUCAUCUUUUAAUCCUCUGAAUCUUCAGAUCACUCCAGGGUCGUUGGAGGAGCGCGAGCUGAAGAGGAUUGCAGCGUUUUUUUCCUGAAAAACAGCUACUCAAAUCGAGACGCAAUGCAGGCGGACGGGAAGGCAGUGGAUGGUGGCCUGCUGCCUGAUGCUAAUGGGAAAGAUCCGAACCCGGGUGGACAGACAGAUGGCUCCAAGUGGCAGAAACCACGGCUCACACGUAAAUCUCUGAUGAAGUGUUGUCUCGUCAAGUGGAUUAUCGCCAGUACCACGCAACAAGGGCCAGAUGACAGCUGUGACAGCGACCUUGAACUCUCCAUGGUGCGUCACCAACCUGAGGGCCUCGAUCAGCUCCAAGCCCAGACGCAGUUCACCAGAAAGGAGCUCCAGUCGCUUUACAGAGGCUUCAAAAAUGAAUGUCCCAGUGGGCUGGUGGAUGAGGAAACUUUCAAGACCAUUUACUCACAGUUUUUCCCUCAAGGAGAUGCAACCACGUAUGCACAUUUCUUGUUCAACGCAUUUGACAUGGACAGAAAUGGCUCCAUCCGCUUUGAGGACUUUGUGAUCGGUUUGUCUGUGUUGCUUAGAGGCUCUGUUACAGAGAAGCUGCGAUGGGCAUUCAACCUGUAUGACAUCAACAAAGACGGCUACAUUACUAAAGAGGAAAUGAUGGCAAUAAUGACAUCCAUUUAUGACAUGAUGGGCAGGUAUACCUUACCAAGUGUACGAGACGAUUCUCCCUCUGAGCAUGUAGAGAAAUUCUUCCAGAAAAUGGAUCGGAACAGAGAUGGAGUGGUGACUAUUGAUGAAUUCAUAGAAACCUGCCAAAAGGAUGAAAAUAUAAUGGCUUCCAUGCAGCUCUUUGAGAACGUCAUUUAGAAGCUGCAGAGGUACGUGGAUCAGUAAUGCUGCAUAGUACUUCCAGCUAACAGCUUCUGGGCCUGAAAAAACUUAAUUCUCCCUGAAAAGAAAAACUGGGUCGUGUAACACAUUUGACACAUUUUAAUACAAAGUGGAGAACACUUAUUAUUUUUCCUAUCAAACAACUGUUCUAUGCAGAGAAAUGUGCAGAAUUCACCAAAUCACUUGAGAAAAAAAAAUUUCUUUGCAUGACAAUUUUUGUUUUGCACGGGAAAUGUGAGAAAUCAUUAUCAGAUGAGCAUGCAUGCUUGCCCAACAUUUAAAAGCAUGUAAUGCUAACCACAUUGACCACAAAGAACGGGAUUUACUGACAAACGCUGAAAUUUGGGGGAAAAAAGACUUUGUUACUGUAUUAUACUGUAAAGAAAAAAAAUUGGUUUCUAAGUUCUUUCAUUUUUUUAUGUAUCGUUGUCAUGUUGACCUAAAACCUGCUGAGAUAAACCAUCACAAAUGAUAAAUCUAUUGAAUAUCUUCUUUUUUUCCCACAUCACACAAGCAGAUUUGUGAAAGUAGUGGGAUGUCCACUUUCAAAAUAAAAUACAGAAUAAAGUGUAAUAUUUACCCCCAUGUAACUUUUCAUAUCUAUAGCAAAUGAUUAUGCCAAAUGUGUUGCAUUAUAUAUUUGAAGUUAUACUUGUAAAGCUCAAAAAGCAAGAAAGCAAAGUUCUGUUCCACUUUCUGCAUCUCGUGUCAUGGAAAAUUCAAUGUGUUAAGGCAAGUGAUAUGAACAAACGGAUAAUUGUCCAAAAUGUGCCCUCAAGCAGAUCUAAAAAAAUGUCCACAAAAAUGUCAUCAGGUCUUUUACCACUCCUGCUUCUCUGAACAAUCCUCUCUCUUGUCCUACAGCCUCUGGGCUCUCUAACUUUUAAAAAGCAUCACAGGCUUAAACUGUGACACAAAACAGUAAAAUUCUUAAGGCAAGCCGUCACCGGCUGCUGUGCUUUGUGUUCAGAUAAUUGACUCUAUUUUUGUUUGACAUAAUGACAUUUCCCAUUCAUAAACAAGUGUGUUCUUCAUACUGAUAAAUAGAAACUUGCCCCUCUGAACCAAACAUCUUUCUUCUUCCCAAAAAGCCUUUGCUCUGGCUAGUCAGGGUUUCUUGGCCUUCCACACACUGCAAAAAUUAAGUUUUAACUAAAACAAGUUUGUGUCCAGCCCAUGUAACAGUGCUUUCUAUCUUAAUCGACUUUUUAAUUGGAAUUACAUUGCUAGGCAACAGCCAACCCCCUCUCAUUCCUAACUUGUAAGAUGAUGCCAUUUGGUCAGUGAUUUCGCUGUCAGACUCAGAUACAAAAAGACAGCAUCAGUAAGCACUCCCAGUUAUUGGGUGUGCCUUUUACAGCAAUAUUUUAACGCCGGGGUCCAACAAACUCUGGACCUUAACCCAGGAGCCCGCUGUUUGCUCCCUGCUUCAGUUUUGAGUCAAACCAUGAUGUUUUUUUUUUAACCCUAACCACAUGCUUUUGUUGCACAAGGAAAUAAACGCAAAUACGAGGCCUUUUACCAUAGCUGUAAGUUUAUUUUGAAAAAGACUGUACACAUCUAACAAGCAGAAACUGCACAUUUCCUGUGAAAUCGGAAGGGUAUUUUGUAAAAACACCAGUCUGUAUGGUAUAGUAGUGACAUCACAACUCCAUGGAAAUCCUGAUGAUUGAUGAAGGCCCCAUCUCUUCAAACAAAUUGUGUGCAUUUUUCUGUGGUUUG